AAUGGCUAACAUAUUAGACAUAUUUAAAAAAGAAAUCAAAUUAAAAACACAAGAGCAAGAUGGCAAAUUAAUGGAGUUUGAUCUUGACAACAUUAAGAUUGUUAAAUUAGACAGAUAAGCAGCUGAACUUCUUGAAUCUCAAAGUCAGCUAGAAUCUUUAAGUCUUGUAGAGUGCUCCUUAAAAACACUUGAGGGAUUUCCUAAAUUACCAAAUUUAUAGAAUUUGGUAUUGGAAACUAAUUAAUUGGAGGGAGAUGCAAUUAAAUUCAUUGCCAACACAUAUCCAAAAUUAAUGUGUUUAAGUUUAGCGGAAAACUAAAUCAAAACAUUUGAUGUAUCUUAUUAAGUUUAUCAUUAGGAUUUGGAGCCAAUUAAAUAAUUGAAAAAAUUACAACAAUUAGAUUUAUCAGAUAAUCCUAUUGCUAAAUAAUAAGGAUACUUCUAAAAAGUGUUUGAUUUAGUUCCUGGAUUGUAGGUUUUAGAUAACAAAGAUAAAAAUGGAAAUGAUAUUUAAUAUAGUGAUGAUGAUGAAGAAGGUGCAGUAGGAGAUGAUUCAGAUGAAUCAGAUAAUGAAAUAGAUGAUGACGAUGGUGAUUUAGAUGAUGAUGAAGAUGAAGAAGAAUCAAGUCCAAAACCAACUAAAAAAACAAAAUAAUGAU